CGAAUCGCGAGCAGAGGCCACGAGACUUCGUGGUCAUGCGGGUCCGAUUAGCCAUGCGGGCUCGAGCUAUACUUGCCGCUCAUGAGAAGCAGGAGGCGAUAUGCAGGAGUCAAAGAUUCCGCUUUGCGGUUCCAGUUUCCCUCCCUUCUCGCGCUUCGCGGACGUGAUUUGAAUCAGCUGCGCCGUACAUCGGAUGGUGAAGGUCCGUUCGCGCGGGGCCAAGGAGCCGCGAUCUCGUAAGCUCGUCGUCGUCUUCGACAGAUCUGCCAGUGCUCAGGUCAAAUCUGGAAAAAACGUCAGACGAGUCCCUCUUUUCACAAAUGGCAGAAUGUCAGACACAAUGCGGUCCAGCCUAUCGUUCCGGUUUCACCCCGUGAGGAGAAACAAAAAGAUACAGACAGUGAUGCGGAUGGGCAAGGCCGAAACGAAAGAACAUGUGAAGAUGGAAUGCGUAGUUUCGAUGUGUGAACCGCUGUCUGAGAUUGGUUGUAUCUACGAAAAUAACGUUAUUGAAGUGCUUCGACGUCCCAAAUUGUUCACUUACAAACGGAACAAACAGAUCGAAGGCAUGAAAGUUUGGAGCGUCAUGGCGCCCGAGUCUGACACGCCUAUCAUGGAGUCUGAUUUCAACGAGGGUCAACUGGAACAGUUGCAGGAAGAUUUGGAGUGCGACAUCGGUGUGAUCAAGGCAGCGGUGCAACAGCUGCUGAGGCACAACACGCAUGAUGUGAUGGCGAUCAACACGUACCCUGGACAUCAUGCGGGGCCAUCGCGUGUGGCAGGUUUCUGUUCUAUCAAUAACGUCGCGGUGGCAGCGAGUUUGCUGAAACGAAAGCGCCCACAAUUGAAAUUGGGGGUCCUCGAUAUCGAUGUUCACCCUGGUGAUGGGACGCAGCAGUUUCUGGAGCGCCACAAGGGCCUGUUCAACAAGUAUGUAUCCAUCCACUCGGGUGGGCAAUUCUACAACUGCUAUAGUCUAGGGGCCAAUGGAGCUGCUCUGAAGUUGGACAGGAAUCGGAAGGUAUCCGCAGAGCGCUUGCUUCAGAAAAUCGUGGAGACGUUGGACUCGUGGAACAGGUCAUGUUUGGACAUCGUGAUCGUCGCGUUGGGUUUUGACACUUUGCAGCAGGAUGGCUUGGCCAAACUUGGCUUCCAGAUGCUCCCUGCUCAUUUUCACACUGUUGGGCUUGUUCUGGCGGGACGAAAAGAGCAAAUAAUGUUCGUGCAAGAAGGAGGAUACAACUUGGACGAGACAACUCGUGCUUUUGAUUAUCUAAUCAAGGGGCUCCGCGAAGGCCGGAAGUUGAAGUGACUAAGAUUGGCGGGCGCCGGUGUUGGAAGGCUUAUGUUUCCGAUACAUGGAUUCAAUGUGUUGUGUUGUGAGGCGCUGGUGUUGAGGAUGCUCGAGGUCGUCCAAAGCUGUUGAAAGCGACAUUUUGACAUUGAUGUUUGCGCGCGACAGAAAUUAUCCGACUAAUCCUUGAUGAUUGC